GUGGGUGAAAGUGCGUGACGUAAAACGGCGUCGUAGCGACGUCGCUGAUGUAUGUAUAUAUAAUCACGACUGUUAGGUGGCAGUUUGUUAGUCUAUUGCGAAUCAACAAAUCCUGAUUUUCUCUGCGUGCGACGAUUUCUGAAGUGAUCACAUUUAUAGUUAGCGUUUCUUUCUCUCACUUUCUCUUCCUGCUACGAUUUCAUAAAUGAUCGCGCUUCUAGUGACAGGAAUAUGAAAGAAAAGAACACUACUUCCACACUCAAGCGCAUUUUAGUCAAUUGUGCAUCUCAGUUGGAAAAAGGCCCCAAUCAACAUAGCCUCAGUAUUCCCAAGGACUGAAAUCAACAAUUAGCAUUUGCAUAUCAGCUGUAAUGGCAGUAUAUGCUAGUAGUAAUUAUCUGACGGUUGUCCUAAGGGCAAAAGACUAUGGUAGUUGUGUUGCAGCUAAGGUUCCAGAAGUUGAACGUGAUAUGUGUUUGAAAGAAUUUCUUGCAUUGAAGAAUUGCAUGCAGAAUGUGCUCAGAGCAAAGGUUUAAGCUUGUAAUCAUCCUUCAUCAAGUUAUAGCUGGUGUGUACUGAAGCAGCAAAUGCUUUAUGGCUCGGAGAGAAUAGUUUGUUUUCUAAGACUAUGAACUUAGUUCAGGAUCACCUGCCAUAGGAUUUCUUUAUACAUUCUGCUAAAUUAUAGUCUUAAGGUGGAAGAACGGGGAACUUCGAAGCAUGUUUGGGAAAGCAUCAAGUUCACAGCUUAGUGUUACUUUGGGUGGAUCUGGUGCCCUAUCUCAUGUUUAUAUUCAACAUCCACCUCUAAGAUGCAGCAUUCCUGGAUCAAAAGGUUUAUUUUAUGAUGAUGGAAAUAAGCUAAUUCUUUCCCCAACUUCUGAUCAGGUUUUUUCAUGGAAAACUGUUCCCUUUGCUUCUCAUGUUGCUCCUACUUCUGAUUCAAUAAGCGAAGGGCCAGUGUUAUCUAUUCGAUAUUCUUUAGAUUCAAAAUUGUUGGCAAUUCAAAGAUCAAAUCAUGAAAUUCAGUUUUGGAAUAGAGAAACAGGGGAGACUUUUAGUCAGAGAUGCAGAUCAGAGACUGAGAGUAUACUUGGAUUUUUUUGGACAGACUGUCCAAAGUGUGAUAUUGUAUUUGUAAAGACCAGUGGGAUGGACUUGUUCUCCUAUGAUUCUGAAACAAAAUCACUCCAUUUGGUGGAGACAAAGAAAAUGAAUGUGAGCUGGUAUGUCUACACACAUGAAAGCCGCUUGAUUCUUCUUGCUUCAGGAAUGCAGUGCAAGAGUUUCACAGGAUUUCAGCUCUCUUCUGCAGGAAUUAUUCGCUUGCCAAAGUUUGAGAUGGCAAUGGCCAAAUCAGAAGCAAACAAUAAGCCUGUCCUAGCUGCUGAAGAUGUCCAUAUCAUCACUGUCUAUGGGAGGAUAUACUGCUUGCAAGUUGAUAGGGUCGCUAUGCUCCUCCACUCAUAUAGGUUUUACCGUGAUGCUGUUGUACAACAGGGUUCUUUGCCAAUUUAUUCAAACAAGAUUGCCAUCAGUGUGGUUGAUAAUGUACUACUUGUUCAUCAAGUGGAUGCAAAGGUUGUUAUACUAUAUGACAUAUUUGCUGAUUCUCGAGCACCCAUAUCUGCUCCACUUCCUCUCCUGUUGAGGGGUUUCCCAAGAGCCAGUAGUUCAUCCUCUAGAACUGGUAACAAAGAUACUGACGGUUCAGAGGCAAAUGAUAUAAGUGAUCAUGAAACAAUCAUAUAUGGAGACAACUGGAUCUUUCUUGUUCCCGACCUUAUAUGUGAUGUUGCUAAGAGAUUGUUGUGGAAGAUCCAUUUGGAUUUAGAGGCUAUUUCUGCUAGUAGCUCUGAAGUGCCAUCAGUACUAGAAUUUUUGCAGCGACGGAAGUUGGAAGCUAAUAAGGCCAAACAAUUGUGCUUGGCAAUUGUACGCACUGUUAUUCUAGAACGCAGACCUGUGUCCAUGGUUACUAGGGCAAUAGAUGUCUUGGUUACUUCUUACUCGAAUUCAAUUAAAACCGGCAGCUAUUUUAAGGGAAUUAAAGCUGAGAAACCUCCAACUUCUGAUGUAUCUAAUGUGAAUCCUUCUACAUCUGUUGUUGAUGAAUCGAUCAGAAGGGAAGAUGCACUUGGAAAAUCUAUCAAACAUGGAUCCGCCAGCAGGGUGGAAAAUGAAUCCAUCAAUAGAUCGCCAGCUUUUUCAGUUUCGGACUCUGAGGAGAAUGUUAGUUUUGAAAACUCAAAUCAUCUCCGUUCUUUGGGUGCUAAAGCAGACAGGGAGAACUUUAAGGUGGCUGAAAGUUCUCAAUCUGAAGUUCAGAAAUUAUCUUUACAAUCCCAACUUCUUGGACCUAGUAACAGCCCAUUGAAUGCUAACAAUUCUGAGAAUCUGGAGUCUCAGGUGACCUCAGCCGCAAUUUCUCCUGAUGAAAUGUACAGCUGUGUGUUUGCUUCUGUCGAGGAAGAGAUGGCAGGAGACCCUGCUUACUUUGUUACUAUUGUUAUUGAGUUCCUCCGGAGUGCUAAUGUAGAAAGAAUUAAAGUACAUCCAAAUAUCUAUGUGUUGACUGUACAACUACUGGCUCGGCAUGAACGAUAUGCAGAACUUGGGUUGUUCAUCAUCAACAAGAUUCUUGAACCCUCAAAAGAAGUAGCAUUGCAACUCUUAGAGUCAGGUCGUCAGAAUAUCCAGACAAGGAAGCUUGGUUUGGAUAUGCUAAGACAGUUAUCUUUACACCAUGACUAUGUUCUGUUACUAGUGCAAGAUGGAUAUUAUCUGGAAGCUCUACGUUAUGCCCGGAAGAAUAAGGUGACUACUGUCCGGCCUUCAUUGUUUCUUGAAGCAGCAUUUGCAUCCACAGAUCCACAACAUCUAGCUGCAGUUCUGAGAUUCUUUUCGGAUUUUAUUCCUGGCUUCAAAAACACUGCAGACCACAAUGCAUAUUGUCGAAUCCUCAGUGAAAUGAAUUCAUCCAUUACUGCUUAGUUUAACGCUUGGAAUUCCACAUCUUGAUUGUUGAAGUUCUAUCUGCAAGGAAUUCCAAGAACUUUUUCUUGAAGUUCUCAUGUGCUGUAAGGUUAUGAAAGACACCCUACUUAAUUUCCAAAAUAAGAAAUUUAAAACCAUUGAAUGUUAAAGGGAAUAAAUAGCGAAGCAGUCUUUUCUGGUCCCACAGGAAGAGGAGAAAGGAAAGCAGUGGUGCAGGGUAUUGGGUUUUUAGGGAUCCGGGGUUGGGUGUGAAUGGUAGAGGCUUUUUGUUGUUUUUGUUUUAUUUGUUGAGUUAUUUUUGUCAUCUGGUUAUUACUAACUCAUCAUGUAAUAUAGCAUUUUCUAUAUUUACACCUUUUUUUCUGCUGGUCUGGACAA